CGGUGUUUGCGCGAGACUGCCCCUUUCCUGCUCCCCCGCCGGCCCGCCCGCCUUCCUCCCUCUCCCCGCCCGGCCUCCCCCGCCUUCCCCCGCGGGCCCCCUCCCCGCAGGGAUACUAUGGUCGCCGGCGAUGGACGCCCCAGCUGCAGGAUACGCCUUUGAGUACCUUAUCGAAACAUUAAAUGACAGCUCACGUAAGAAGUUCUUCAAUGUACCUAGACUUGGAGGCACCAAGUAUGAUGUCCUGCCUUACUCAAUACGGGUCCUGUUGGAAGCUGCUGUGCGGAACUGUGAUGGCUUUCUGAUGAAAGAACAGGAUGUCAUGAACAUCUUAGACUGGAAAACCAAACAACGCAAUGUUGAAGUGCCCUUUUUCCCAGCCCGUGUUCUUCUUCAAGAUUUUACUGGAAUACCAGCAAUGGUGGACUUUGCUGCUAUGAGGGAGGCAGUGAAAGUUCUUGGAGGCGACCCUAAGAAAGUCCACCCUGCCCGUCCGACAGAUCUCACAGUUGACCAUUCUUUACAGAUUGACUUCAAUAAAUGUGCAAUACAGAAUGCUCCAAAUCCUGGAGGUGGUGAGCCGCAGAAAGCAGGAAAGCUCUCUCCACUCAAAGCGCAGCCUAAGAAGGCUCCCUGCAGAGGCCAGACCGCCUGCCGAGGAUCCUGUGAUUCUGGAGAACCAGGCCGGAGCUCAGGAAAAUUUUCUUCGCAGAUUGAGAACACACCCAUCCUAUGUCCUUUUCAUUUGCAACCAGUGCCUGAACCCGAAACAGUGUUAAAAAACCAAGAAGUAGAAUUUGGCAGAAAUCGAGAGAGGCUUCAAUUUUUCAAGUGGAGUUCAAGAGUUUUUAAGAAUGUGGCUGUAAUCCCUCCCGGAACUGGGAUGGCUCAUCAAGUUAACUUAGAGUAUUUGUCAAGAGUGGUUUUCGAAGAAAAAGACCUCCUCUUCCCGGACAGCGUCGUCGGCACAGACUCUCAUAUAACCAUGGUGAAUGGAUUGGGGAUUCUGGGGUGGGGGGUCGGAGGCAUCGAGACAGAAGCAGUUAUGCUCGGCCUGCCCGUUUCUCUUACGUUGCCGGAGGUGGUGGGAUGUGAGCUAACUGGCUCGUCAAACCCUUUUGUUACGUCCAUAGAUGUUGUUCUUGGCAUCACGAAGCACCUCAGGCAAGUAGGAGUGGCUGGAAAGUUUGUUGAGUUUUUUGGAAGUGGAGUUUCACAGUUAUCUAUAGUGGAUCGGACUACAAUAGCAAACAUGUGUCCAGAGUACGGUGCUACCCUCAGCUUUUUCCCUGUUGACAAUGUGACAUUAAAACAUUUAGAACAUACAGGUUUUGACAAAGCCAAACUCGAGUCGAUGGAAACAUACCUUAAAGCUGUGAAGUUGUUUCGAAAUGACCAGAAGAACUCAGGAGAACCUGAGUACUCCCAGGUGAUCCAGAUUAAUCUGAAUUCAAUAGUUCCGUCCGUCAGCGGUCCAAAGAGACCUCAGGACAGAGUUGCCGUGGCGGAUAUGAAACGUGACUUCCAGGCUUGCUUGAAUGAAAAGGUCGGAUUUAAAGGCUUCCAGAUUGCAGCUGAAAAGCAGAACGAUACUGUGUGUAUUCAGUACGAAGGAAGCGAGUUCAGGCUGUGCCAUGGGUCUGUGGUCGUUGCCGCGGUCAUCAGUUGCACCAAUAACUGCAACCCGUCCGUCAUGCUCGCUGCAGGUCUUCUGGCUAAAAAGGCCGUAGAUGCUGGUCUGCGUGUUAACCCUUACAUAAGAACAAGUUUAUCUCCAGGCAGUGGGAUGGUCACACAUUACCUCAGUUCGAGCGGAGUAUUACCAUAUCUCAGUAAGCUUGGAUUUGAAAUAGUUGGCUAUGGAUGUUCAACAUGUGUGGGGAAUACAGCACCCUUAUCAGAAGCUGUUUUAAAUGCAAUAAAACAGGGUGAUCUGGUCACUUGCGGAGUUUUAUCUGGAAACAGACAUUUCGAAGGUCGGCUUUGUGAUUGUGUGCGUGCCAAUUACCUCGCCUCCCCACCCCUAGUGGUGGCAUACGCCAUCGCCGGCACGGUGAAUAUAGAUUUCCAGACGGAGCCCUUAGGGACUGACGCUACCGGCAGGAACAUUUACCUGCAGGAUAUUUGGCCCAGUCGAGAGGAAGUUCAUCAGAUGGAGGAAGAGCGUGUUAUAUUGCCCAUGUUUAAGACAUUGAAAGAGAAAAUAGAGGUGGGAAACAAGCGGUGGAACUGCUUAGAGGCACCGGAUUCCACUCUGUUCCCGUGGGACUCGAAGUCUACUUAUAUCAGAUGUCCUUCAUUUUUCGACAAGCUUACCAAAGAGCCAGCUGCCCUCCAGCCUAUUGAAAAUGCCCACGUCCUCCUGUAUCUGGGAGACUCCGUGACAACAGAUCACAUCUCACCCGCGGGCAGCAUCGCCAGGAGCAGCUCGGCGGCCAAGUACUUGACCCACAGAGGCCUUACUCCUCGUGAGUUCAACUCCUACGGAGCCCGGAGGGGCAAUGACGCGGUCAUGACGAGAGGCACUUUUGCAAACAUCAAGCUGUUCAAUAAGUUCAUUGGGAAACCGGCUCCCAAAACAGUUCAUUUUCCAUCGGGACAGACGCUAGAUGUGUUUGAGGCGGCAGAGCUGUACCAGAAAGAAGGUGUCCCGCUGAUUAUUUUAGCAGGAAAGAAAUAUGGUUCAGGAAAUUCAAGAGACUGGGCUGCCAAAGGACCAUAUUUGCUGGGUGUGAAAGCUGUUUUGGCUGAAAGUUAUGAAAAAAUUCACAAAGACCACUUGAUUGGAGUUGGCAUAGCUCCGCUUCAGUUCCUUCCGGGAGAAAAUGCAGAUUCCUUGGGCCUCUCUGGCAGAGAAACAUUUUCUUUAACGUUUCCUGAAGAACUAUCUCCUGGAGUUACGUUAAAUAUAAAGACAAGCACUGGAAAAGUAUUCGGCGUGAUUGCUUCGUUUGAAAAUGAUGUGGAAGUGACAUUAUACAAACAUGGAGGAUUAUUAAACUUUGUGGCACGAAAAUUCUCAUAGUAUCUACUCAACACAGAUACCUUUCCGAACUGGUAACUGCAAAUACAAAAAGCCUUUUGUGCUGGAUCCAGGAAUCCUGGCCGUGGAGCCGCAGACGGUCCCGUGCGCUCCCCGAUCUCACCGUGGGUGUAAAUGAUUAUGAAUCAACAUAGUGACUGAAAUGAAAUCUUUCUGAUUUUAAAUAAUAUACGAAUGGUGCUAUUAACAUUGCUAAAAUCAACGUGUGAGGUGUGCUGUGGGAGAGGCUGUAAGUACGGGGGUAUUUUAUCAGACCAUUUUGUAAAUAAAGGCGAAUUUGAAUUUGUGUUGAAGAUUCUUAUAUGAAUAACCUUCCUGAAGUUGUUUGUUUAGUUUUGCACCUACAAAACUGUGUACUACUGUUUGUUGGUUUAAGACCAGCGGGUUGAAAUGUAAGAAGCCAGAUUAGACUCUAAAAUGGUGGAAAUUGGAAUCUGAUCAUAAAUGGACUUUCAGAUACAUUAAUUCCUUUUCAGAAUUGAACUGGACAUAGUUGGCAUUCAUGUUUGUACUAUAAGCCAGGGUUAUCCUAGUCCCAGUCAAACCACAAGGGGCAGAACCUGUCCCUGACCAGAUCACCCUCACCCUGUCCGGUGUUACCAAGGGUUCCUCCAGGCCCGAAGACGGAGCUGGUUGUAUAGCAUCACGUGUUACCGGCGAAAAUACAGAUCACAUACCGUUCAGUAAUUUGCUCCUGUGACCCUCUGGCCGGCCUCAGAUGGUAUUCUAUUAAUUGGAUUAGAUUGUUUUGCUCACUUUAUGUGAUACUGUUACUUCCUAUAACCUGCUAUUUUAGGUAUCAUUAACCAAAAUUCCACACUCUUGUAGUUGUUAAAGAGAACUUUACUUAAUCGUUAAAUGCUGAAAUUAUUUCCUCUAGACUUUUAAAUUAUCCACCCUAAAUUAUAUGGUCGCUCAACUCUUAAGAAUAUUUUAAAUGCUGGUUAUUUCUUAAUUAUUUAAAUUGGUUUUGUGUCUUUUUGAAUCCUUAUUUUAUCUGGGAUGCAUGAUUCUAUUAAUUAUGUUUUUGUUUUAACCAAAGCUGACUAUCAGGAUAAAACACUUAAAUUGUUGCUGUCUGAAUAUCCCGUUUCCUCUCUGUACGUGUCUGUUCGCCACAGCAAGUGUUCUGUCAACAAGACAUUUGGCCACUUUUAAGAAAAAGGUUGGGUAAUUAAUUCUAGAAAGUCCUAUGCCUUUUUUUAAAUUAAGAAACUGAACCUAGCAGGCGAAAGCUUAAUUGUAGAGGUGUUUUUUUACAUGGGGCUCUUCUUCUGACCCAGUGAGGCCGCUGGGGCUCGGGGGCGGCUCCUGUCACACGGGAGGAGCCGUGUCAAUAGGGUGCCGAAACCGCCAGGCCGGGUGUGACCGUGGAGAGCUUUGCACACGAACAAUCACACAGUCGUAAUCUUUUCAAAAUUUUCUGCAAAUUGUCUGUAGACAAUUACAUGGACUGGACUCCGACAGAAUGAUUUUUCUUCUUUAUUUAAAUUUUUAUAACUGUUUUUCUUUGGUACUUUCAUACUGUGUUCGCGAUAUUUUAUUAUGCCUGUGUAUCUGUCGGUGCGUGUGUUUUUAAUUUACCUGAAAACAUGAAUUAGGAAGGGGGGGUUUACACGUCGAAUGUUAAAGUACCUGUUACAUGCUUGGAAGAAGUGGUGACUCCAGACCGUGGAGACACCUCUGUGUCAUUUUUCAGCCGUGCUGUAUCACGUAGCUGUGGGCAGAGGCCUGGAUGUCAUCGGCGGCAGCCGAGACGCAAGGUCACGAUGACACAGGUGGUCACUGUGAACCGAGCGCUCACUUUCCAGCCCGCCUUGUCCGGGCUCUCAGCCCCGCGCCAGCGUGCGGCGGGCAGAAGGCUCUGGAGCGCGGCCACCCUCGGCGCAGAGUCCGGCUGUGCGCCCCUUGGUCCUGCCUCUGGCCGCAUCCUCUGUUGGCGAAGAUGUGACAUCUAUUGGCUUUUGUUGUUUCAUUUACCUCCUUUGUUGACUAUCUCUGAGUAAUUUUGUUUAAAAAAAUGCACAGUGUUGUGGAAAGGAAGUAUAAUAGGCACACGAGAGCAGCAAAUUAGUGUUGUAAGUUAAAGUACAAUUUUCAAAGGUAUUGCCAAUAGCAGCAUUGUUUUCAUCUUUAAAAAAAUGACGCCACCUGCCAUUGCCAUACUUCCUGCCUUCAGUGGUCGUUGUUCCUGUGCAGCAAAGUGCGUGGGGGUUCCCGUCCAGCCAUGGAGUUGGCCAUUAUCCCAGCUGGAAAGGUUCCAAGGUGACGGUGGUUGCUGUUACCUCUUUUGCCUCUAGGCUGACACUUGAAUGAGAGGGAUGCCAGUCGCCUUGGCGACUCAGUGUUUGCUGGGCAGCUGACCUCCUGGCUCCAAAGGCAGAGUGCACGUAGCUAAGAGGAAGCCAGAGCAGAGGGUGCCGGCACAUGGUGACCGUGUCGCGUGCAUUCGCCUUCCCGGUGGUGGGUGACAGGAUGACGUGACGCUAGGACCUGACGUCUUACUGUGGUUUUAAAAGACACCUGUCUUUUGCCUUUAGGUUUAGGAGAAGGUACUGAGAUCCUGGGUGUUGACUCUGUCUUAGUUUGACUUGGAGUAAAAAAGAGGGGGAGAGAUUUAGGCUCUGUUAGUGGCUUUUUCCCCUGAAGUGUGAUAGUGCCGAUGUUUCUAUCAAUUUUACAUAUAUGGCUAUGAAACCACGUAUCUCAAGUAACUAUAAAUCAUUGUCUAUUAUUUAAAGCCAACAAAACAGUGUAACAGUUUUAAGUUCAAUAAUGUUAAGUAUUGUAUAAAAAUAUAUUGGAGGCAAAGUUCAGUUGAUGACAAUUGUGUAUAUGUUAUUGAUGCUGUAAAUUAUUUUUAAUAAAGAAAAUUGUAUUAUCACA